CGCCUCGUAAAAUGAUAAACGAACCAUUCCCUCUCCGACUCCGAAUUCAGUGCCGCACCAUAAACAAAGUGAUCCGUUCAUCACCCACCGUCAAUCUGUGUUCUUCUCGUCAGCUGAUCGACGCACAGCAGGAAGCCGUUUCUGGGCAAUGGUGGGCGACAGAGUCGCGGACCUCCUUCCACCGACUGACUCACGUGCACCGCACAACAUCGACAUAGAGUGAGAAUGGCUCUUUUGCUCGAGAACGUAACAAACUGCGUCUGGUUGGCUUUUGCCGCCUUGCUGCAGGAGCAACCCGGAUUCGUCAACAAGUCCAAGCUUAAGGUCCUCACGGCAAACAUUGGUACACUCUUAGAUCUAUAUGGUGUCGAAAAAGGCUUGGAGCACUUCAGAAGCACGACGACCCUCAAUUUCAACCAGUUCAAGUAUUAUUUGCAAAACGAAGUGUUCGCUUCAUUACCCAAUACUAUUUUAAUCUCUGAAUUGAGAGACUACGAAAAUAAAAUCGCCGAGAUUUGCUGGUUGGUGUGUCGGAAAAAGUAUUUAGCUAGGAAAAAUGGCAUCUUCUCUGACGAGUGUAUUUUUAAAGUAUUCAGGAUUUUCUGCGUUUUGGCAGAACUCACCCCAGACACCAACAACGAAAAUACCUAUCAAGUAUUAUUGCAUCCAUCGGAGGUACAACAUAUCGGACAAACACUGGCUAACUCACUUGGUUGUACUUGGGACGACGAAGAUUUUACCAGUUUGAGUGUUUCAAUGGGCAAUUUCCGGCUUACACCUUUCAUAGCAGUCUUGGAAUCUAGAUGUUUGAAUGGAGUGAAGGAUAAUGUUGCUAUUUCCGAAGCUGUUACCGACAUUUACCAAACAAUCGUCGAAGAUGUAAUCAAAAAAGGCUUUAUGUCCAAAAAGGGCUUUAUAUUUCCAACAAUGAGGGAAUACUGGUUCGUUUUGAGACCUUCAGAACUGACGUAUUAUAAGGGAAGAUCAGAAAAGGAUAAGUGUGGAGUUCUGCCUAUCGAACCUGGAAGCAGGGUUGAACCCAAAGCUGGAUAUAAAAUAAUCUUACAUACUCCCGAAAGAGCCUACGAAUUGGGCACCACUGAUCAUAUGACUAGGCUUCAGUGGAUAUCUGCACUGCAACUUGCAUCCGAACAUUCAGGUAGUAACCAGAGUUAUCAAAGACUACAAACAGCAAAAAGACGACAACAAAGACAAGGACGAAUUCAAGAAAUGAUUCGAGCCCGUGCCCAACUGCAACAAGAACGAACAGCCCGGCAAGCCGCUGAAGGCCAAGCCAAAGAAUUAGAAGCGGUAGUAAAGGCAGAUUCAAGAAAGCUGACUGAAUUGGAACAAAUGAAGGAAAAGUUAGAGAAGCUUCUAGAGGAAGAAACCCAGGCGAAAAGGGAUGAGGAGAUUGUAAGGGGUUUGCAGGCAAGAGUCUUGGCGGAAGAAUGGGAGAAACGGGAGGAAUUGGAAAGGUUACAAGAAGAACAGAAGCAAUUAUUAGAGGAAGAGAGAGGAAAAAGAAUUGAGUAUGAAGAGUUGCAGAGGCAAAAAGAGGAACAACUUAGAAGUGCUGAACAACGAUUAAUUCAGUUGGAACUGGAGAGGCAAGCGUUGGAUGAACAACUUAAAUUGGCCCAGAAUAAAGCAAAAACAAGUGAAGAUAUGAAGGAACUUUUAGAAGCAAGACUGUAUCAAGUUUCUCCUCAAAUUCGAAUUAAAGAAGGCGAAAGAGUUAGAAGAGCACAUUCUUUUAUGCCAAGCACAAAAGAACGACCAGUUAUAUUAGAAGUAAGAUCUGCUACUUUGAAGAAAAAGGACAAGAUAUGAUUGUUAAACGAUACGAAGUAUUUUAGUUGGUAUAACACUGACAAAUAAAUAAUACUAGUAAUUAAUAUAAAAUAAUUAUUGUCUAGUCAAGGUGCUCUUGUAUUUUUUAUUGAUAUUGACACGCAUUUGAUUAUUGUUAAUGACGUGUUAAAUUUAUUUAUUAUGUAAUUGUUUUCUUACAUAACUAAUUGAACUAAUUACAUGUUAAAACUAGAAUAUUUUUAUAAAUUACAAUACCCUAUUAUAUAUAGUAUUUAGUAAUAUAUUAAUUAAGUUUUAA